AUGGAUGCAACCUCUCUCACCUGCACCAUCUGCAACAAAAGGCCCCAGUUCAGCGACACGUCUCACCUCCUUACCCACAUCUCCUCAAAGGCCCAUUUAGCUACCCACUUCAAGCUCCAGGUCCAAAGCAAGCACAGCUCCCAAGCUCUUGAAAAUUUGACACAAUAUGAUCGGUGGUACAAGGAGAAUGACAUCGCGAGACUGCUGUCCGAUCGAAUGGCUUCGUCAGCAAAAGCGAGUCGGAGACGACGGAGCAAUCGAUCGCUUGGAAUGGAAACUGGCAAGUCUUUCCAGUAUGUUCCGUCUCAAUCAUCGUUCGGCAGCCUCAUUGGGGACAAUAUCGAUCCUCGUCUUUCCUACAUGCAACCUUUGACCGAUCAUCAUUACAGCACCAGGAUCCCCUCAGUAGUCUAUCCAUAUGAUACAUAUGAGGAGUUAUUUGGCCCCAAGCUUGAGCCAGAAUCACCCCAUUUGUCAGAAAUCGACAGUAUCCCAUGGUCUGAUCAUCAUCGAGGGUACCCCAGCGUCUCUGAAAAAUGCAAUCCAUCCGCUUCUAGCGAGCUCCCCAGAGCGCCAUUACUAAAAUCAGAAGAUCUUCCAUUUUCUGGUCCCUACCUUGAUCUUGCAGAAGAAAAGACGGUGGAAGAGGUUUCAAGAUUGAAGGGUGUUCAGUGGCCAGGCAUGGAUUGUUUUGAUGCUGCAUCAGAUUUUAUGAGACGCCAAAGAAACCAGAAAAAAGACGCAAGUAUUUUCAAAGCCAUGGAAGAAGCUUCCUGUGCUAGCGAGCCGAUCGAAUGGGUCUUUUCACCUACAGGGACAUUGCGCAGAGAGCGUGAAAUCACUGGCUUUGUUGAAGAGGACGAUCUAUUGCCCGAGGAGUGGACUAUUCCAAAACACCGUCGUGAUCGUCGAGAUCGUCGUGGUCGCAGGACCCAGGAGCCGUCUACACCUCGCCGUAGACAAGGCAGCCAACGAGUUGCGUUGGCUGUGACGGAUGCUAACCGACCUGUUUUGGGAAGUCGGGUGACGAAAAAGGAGCAUCAACCAAAGCGUCCCGUGUUAGGGGAUACAAAGCGUCGAGAGUCCUCAACCCGUACUACUUCUUCGAAGAGCGAAAACCACGGACUUUCUCACGGUCACUUUCAUCGUGUAAAUGAUGAAAAUGAAGACCUGCAUCUUUCUAUUGGGCCAACUAGUAGUCACCACACAUCUCGGUUGACAAUCUUUAGAGACGAUGACUCCACCAAAGCAGAGAAACGCAAUGCUCCUGGUCCCGAGAUAGUUCCAAGUUCAGCCACUCGCAACGAGCAACAUAACACCUUGUACCAACGAGCGAGAGAUGCUAUGCAUACUUUAUUGGAAACGAACGAACCGUACAAGCUUCCAACUCUCUCGAACGAUUCUGGCCCAAUCCUUGAAACCGAUGAUCCACACAACCUUACCAGCGCCCCACCAAGCACAUCCAAGAAUAUUGACGGUAUAUAUCUUGUCGACUCUAUCGGCUCGAACCAGCGCAUUCCAUAUGAUCCUCUUGUUGGAGGCAGCGUACUUCACUAUCGAUGGGACUGGCGUGGCUCGGAACUGGGACGAGGAUUGAAUGAUGCCGACGACGCCCUUCUCGAUGGUGGCUUGUUCUACAAUCGUGCAGUAUCUUCCGAUACAACCAUCCAUCAAGAUGACCAGGCGACCAAAAGUUGCCUUUGGCUUGACGGUUAUAGCCGAUAA